UCCUCUAUUCAUUUUACAGAAGUUCGGUCGCCCUGCAGCAGAUGAUCCAAAUUGUUACUCUGAUUUCCGGCGCUGACUUCUUAACAUGAUUCCUUCUUCAGCUGAAUAUACAUCUUGUUUGCGGAUAAUAAUAUUUCGAAUUUGGUCUUGACAACAUUCGGAUUUUAUCAUUUAGAAGUAGACCACAUCUUCUUAAUUCAAAUAGCAGACUAUUUCGAUAUCAAGUCAUGAUGAUUUCUCCAGAAGAACCAGGCCCUUCUACGUUGAAGCAGGAAACUAAAGAAGCUGUGCUGCCAUGGUUGUCAUUUGAUAAGAAUGCAAACAAUGAUGUAUAUAAGCAGGAGAGAACUAAUAGCCUGGUCCGGAGCUCAUCUUGUGGAAAGAUCUACUUUCAUGAUCAUGAUGAAAAGGGUUGUUAUGACAAAAAUAAUGAUUUUAUGUCCCUGAAACCACGUGGAAUUACUAAACAUAAAGAUUCUGAGAGGAAAUGGCUCAGCUUAGGAUAUGGACCAAGCAAGAAACCCCAUCAGACAUUGCUUCUAGAUUUUACGGAGGAGACAAGUGAAGUUUAUGAAGAGUGGUACACGUUUUUCUGUGAGAAAAUGGGUGUAGAAGUUGCUCCUCAACGACGAAAUACUGAGAAUCUACAAACAAUGAAGAAACCAAACAUGCCAAAGAAACGGUAUAAUUCGGCAUUCCUACCAAGUUCCGAGACGGUCGUUGAACUCGACAACCAAUUAGACAAUGUGUUCGGAGAACAAAAUAUAGCUUCCAACCAUCAUCAACAGGAAACAUGCCACCCAUCUCUUCGAAUUGACCAGGCGGGAUUCCACAAUAGAGCUCCCGGAAAAGAUUCCCCGAGCAGCGAAUGCUCGGAUAGUAGUGAUCUCUCAUCCUUCAGCAGCUUGAAGUCCACAUGUUCCUAUAACCCAAAGCUUGAGGACUUAGAAUGCACCAAAGAUCACCUUCUUCAACAUCAAUUCAAGGAUUACAACGAUCAGAUCUUUGUAACCCGUAAUGUGAAUGGAAGCAAACUGCAUAUUGGAGAUACCGUAGCUCCAAGGGGCGCUGAGGGGCCAACCGUCAUGAACGCUAAAGGAUUGAGAGAAUACAUACGAGCUACUAAUGAAGAAAAUAUCUCAUUGUCCAUCACAAGAGGUGUAGAAGUAACGAUAAGAGAAGGAGAAUUGGACACGAAUAUUACCUUCAAAGGUUCCAAGAGACCCGAUACAGCGGAGGCUGUGAUGCGAGCAUGUUUCACCGAUAAUCGAUUUGAUACAUAUCAGACAGACAUCACUAUCGCAGAGAUCGAUAAUAAGCCGGUACCAGUCGGAACCCAGUGUGACCAGGUUACGCAGAUGAUAAUUGAAGCCUUGCGAAAGACAGGUGAAGUUCACCUUCAUUUCAUUCCGAGGUCAUUGAUGACGGUCGAAAGCGAUGUCGAUGGUGACAACAGACCUGAAUAUGCCAACGCCAUGCCUAUCAACGUCGAGAAUAAUUCUCAAAGCCCUGAUGAAGCCACACACUCUCACGCGGAAGAAACAGAUUGCUAACAACCAUUUUCAAUUUAUUUGGCUGUUUGGUAUUUUGCCUUGCUUCGUGACUUUGUCCGCCUAUAAUGAAGCAAAUUUUACCA